CGCCAGACAAAGCAUCUGCCCGCAGGCUGCUUCCUUCCCUCUGGAGGUGAAGAUCUUUCCUCUUGCGGCUUCGGAAGAGGAGACAAGACGCUGGGAAGCAGACCCACAAGCAAGAAAGUAACACGGUGAAAGAACAUCUCCUGGAGAUGAUGCAUCCGAUCAUCCAGUCCUUACUCAAGCAAGACGCCCAUUGACUCCAUCUGAAGAAGUGGGUUUUCUACCCACGAAAGCUUAUACCCAAAUAAACCUGUUAGUCUUUAAGAUGCCACCGGACUCCUUGUUGUUUUUACUGACUCCAGUGAGAGUUUUGCAUGUGAAAGAACUGCAAGACUGGCCUGAUAUUUCCUUCCAUAGGUGGAGAAUCCUGGACUUUUUCUUUUCUUCAUUACAGACAUUUCGUUCUACCUUUCCAACCACUUUAAUUACUUUCUCAAGAAGAUGCCAACAGACAGGCUGUGGCUGUGUGACAAGGAAAUCCCUUAAAAAUGAAAAAGUUCACGCUGUUCGAUUUUGUAAAUGAUAAUUUGCUACAAAUUGGAGAGACUUCAUGGAUUCAGGAUCUUCCCAGUGAUGACAGUGAACUAGAAGGACUCCUGAAACCAAAUGAGCAGGUGCUAGUUAACUGGCCUGUGGGAGAAAGAAAGACAGAGAAACAUUUAGUAAAAGUAGUGUACAUGAGUGAUGACCCUCAAGAGCUAGUUGAGAUGAUGCAGAAGAUAUUGCAAGCGGAUGAAAUUACAAAAAUACAAGUUCUUGGAAAAGGCAAGAGGAAGAGGAUUGAGAUGAUAUUCUCAGAGAGUGAAGAUAGUGACCUGGACAAAGGCCAGGGGAAAAUGAUGAAGAGUAUAAAAAGAAAGAAAUCAUUACAGGCCUCUGCCUCUGCCAACAUCCUGAGUCAACUUGAAACAUCUUUAAUUAACAAACAGAGAGAACCGUAUUCUGGAAAUGCCUUUCUGUACAGCGAAAGCAGUAGUGAUGAUGAGGAGCCCUUGUUUCAGUUAUCCAAAGUGGAACUACGUGCCAAAAUAAAAAGUCUGAAAAGGAAACUGACAGAUACCAUGAGAGAAAACUGUCGCCUACGGCAGUCACUGGUCAUGCUUCAAGUGUUGCCACAGGCAGUCACACAUUUUGAGGAACUGGUAGGUAUGGCUGAGGCCCUGCUCAAAGGGGGAGUGACCACAUCUGCCUCCAGUAUUCAUUCACACACCGUCGGGAAAGCAUCAAACAGUUCUUUAUCAGAUUCAUAUGCAACUAUCCACAGUAACUCCAAUUCACCAGUAGCAUUGAACAUGGAGGAAGAGGAGCAACAGCCUGAGAAACAGUUCAAGAUUGAAAAAUGGCAGAUUGCCCUUUGUAACAAGAGCAAGCCUCAAAAGUUUAUAAAUGAUUUGAUGCAAGCCCUUUAUACACAUGAAUACAUGGCCACGCAUAGUCUGACAGGUGCAAAAUCCUCCUCUUCGAAGGAUAAAGCGGCAAAACCAGCAAUGAAUCAGAAUGAAGUUCAGGAAAUCAUAGGAAUCACAAAACAGUUAUUUCCAAAUACAGAUGAUGCUUUAAUUAGGAGAAUGAUGGGGCAAAAGCUAAACAAUUGCACCAAGAAGCCAAUUUUAAGCAAAGAUUUUAAUUCAGUUGUUUUUCAGAAGCAUAGCUUUUGUGGUGCCAAGAGGCCCUAUUUAUGGACUGGAGGGGCCAUCUGUACUAGAUAAUGUAUAACGCUAAGACUAUAACCAAACAAUGGGCCCUGCUCCAAAGAGUUUACAAUCUAACAGAUACCUUGGAAACUAAUUCAAUACCAUAUCAACCAGCUUCAGUCCCAAAUACUGGCAAACAUGAGAUACCCAGCACAUGUUUAUAACUUGUAUCACUAAACAAAAUCAGAGUUUCACAGAUAUUCAACUUAGACAGAGGCACCAUGCCAUGAAAAUUCUGACCUUGGAUAGGGGAUUCUGGGGAAUCACAGUGGGGCUGCAGGUGGGCAGGCAGUAAAUACAUCUGAAACAUAAUAAGAAAAUUUAUUUUUAUUCACUUAAGUGUAGCACUGGAGGGGGCGUAUUUCGAUCUGGGAGAGGGGUUUCAAUUGUUUCUUCUGUAGCUGCCACUUCAGAAUUCAGCUUUCCAUCUCUGAGUCUUAAGUCAUUCUUUCAGACCUUCAUCCUCUGUAGCCCAGUUUGCAUAUUACAUUGAUCAAAGUGGCAAACAAUCGAGGGUUUGGGCUUUUUACUUUUUAUUGAUCUGAAUAUUUUACAAGACAUUCUGUGUGGUAGUAAAACAGAGAUUACAUACAAACAAAACUACACAAUCCAUAGUCACCAAAAACUCACAGAUACAAAAUUCUCACUGGUCCCAGAGAAAAAAUAAAAGCAUUAACAGUAAAAUACAUAUAGUCUGUUUUCAUCUCCUGUCUAUGAAUAAACACUGAAGGUGAGAUUUUGUGCUGCGCCUCUAAGAGGGGCAGCACAGAAUUCACAGCCCAGGAUGUGCCUGAUCCUGGGCUGCUCCAGUGGAGUGGCCCCCAGUAUAAUUUAGACCACCUUGGAAGCUUAUCUAUGUUACAGCAGCAACCCCAUGCUGCUGUAUGAACCACUGUGAUGUUCAGAAUUUUAUCUGAGCAAUACUGUACAUUACGGCCUCACCUCUAACACAUCUCUACAUUCACCAGUCCUACCCCUGGCAUGCCCUUUACACCAGGGCUUACAAAUGGGCCCUUAGAAAGCAGCCGUACAGGGGAUGCACCAGGGGAACUCCAGCAACCAAGUACAAGACUUUUAGGAUAUGCUACACAGCAAUGUAAGCCUAGGGUAAGUGGGACUCAAGUCAGGUCAGGGAACCCAGGGCUUGAUCAUCUACAUUGCAUUUUAACCCUCGGUUAAGAAUUUCCUGACCCAUGCUCGAACCUAGGGCUCUGGUGUCCACACUGCAGUGCACAGGCAUGAGUCAAAGUAAACAUAUUCCAAAGUGCCUAGUACCCCCUGACCAAUGUCAACACUCUACUCCUUCAAAAAUGGUGCAUUGUGGGAAAACUGUACCGUCCACCUGCUUCCCCAACUGUGACCGUGCUAUUGAUGGUACUCAGCUGUCCAUAAGGAGCACAUGAGAACAUAAACUGCAUAAUUAGCUCCCCUGGUGACAGUCUCAGUAGAAUGACUGUGAUUUGAGAAGGCUUUACACUGAACUACCAUCUAAUCUGAGAAUUGGGCUCUCCACCUCUAGGCUGAGUCACAUUGGCUGGAAAUUGCCCCUGUGCACCUGUUCUGAGGAUAAUCAGGACAUCAGUCUCCAGGGCUGUCAAACUAUUAAAAUGAAACUUUGCAAUUCUUCAUUUUUAAAAUGGGACAAACUCAGUAAAGGAGGUUUUGUCUGGCUGGUUUUUGUUUUUUGAAAAUCAAGGUUUCAGAGGAAAAACACAUACACCAGUCUGGUGCAGUGCAGUGUGCUCCAGCACACCCUGGGGAACCUUAUACUUGCUCCUGCUGCACCAUUGGCAGGCAGGGAUAAAGGAUUCCCAGGGCGGCUGCAGGGAAGUUUUGGGGCUGGCUCCCACUCUCUGCCCUUACAGUGCAUGCUGCCCAGACACCUCUGCACACAUAGCCUCAGGGUGGGCCAGGAGCAAGGGCCAGAGAAUGAGCAGGACCAAGCGGCUGCCCUCCAGAGAGAGGGAGAAGAGCUUCCAGCUCAGCAGGGGAGGAGGGCGACCCCCAACAUUGUGGCUGCUCUCACCCCCUGCAGGAAAGCCGCUUGGUCCCUGCUCCACUCUCUAGCCCCCUCUUGCCCUCCAUGGGCUGUGUGUGCAGGGGCACCUGGGCUGCAUGCACUGCCGGGGAGGCAAGUGAGAGCCAGCCCCCAAAUUUCCCCACAGCAAGGAGGAGCCAGAGCCACCACAAGGGGAGGCUGUGGGGAGGUUUUGGGGCUAACUCCCAUUCACCACCCUGACAGUGCAUACAGUCCAGGUCCUCCUGCACACACAGCCCCAGGGGGGUCCGGGAGCAAGGGACAGAGUGGAGCAGGAACCAAGUGGCUACCCUGCAGGGACGGGGAAGCAGCAGAGCUUUUGGCUCAGCACAGCCAGAGGAGGGAUGGACCCCAACGUCCUAGCAACUGGGAGUUGCCUCCCACUUGUCAGCUUUGCCCCCUGCUCAGGGCAAGUUCUACACAGCAGCCAGGAGGAGCUGGACCUACCACCACGAGAGGAGCAGGAAUGAGGAGCGCGCUUGGCCAGGCAAUAAUGGCGCUUCCAGUCACUGCUCUGGCUGCCUGCAGUGCUGCUGUUCUGCCGCAGGGAACUCUGGGAUACACCCGGAGGACUUCCGGGACCUGAGUCAAGCACACAGGAAAGCAAUAGGGCUCAGACCUCAGGUCCCAGUUUAACACUGGCUCAGACCAUCCAGUGGGACCUGGGAGCUCUAAGUUAAUACAAUUAGUGGAUGGGUGCAGGGAGGAUUAGUCUUGAGCCCAGGCUCAAGCCCAGGUUUACAUUGCUGUGUAGACAUAGCCUUAGGAACCCUUUAUGCUGCACUGAUCCUUGUAUCUGGUGUAAAGGGGCUGGAGAUGAGGUAAGGAUCUCACCCUACAAUAUUCUAGUCAGGUAGAAGAUAGAAUUCUGAGGCAAUCUAACUGUAAUCUGUCGUCUGGCUGUAAGACCAUGUAGGGAAGUGUAGAGCUGGUCUGCUGACUGCUCUUUAUUCAGAACAAGUAGAUUUCAUUAGCUUCACUAAGGAACGGAAAAGGCCAGAGUCUCUCUGAGACAAAAGAGGGGAUCCACAGAGGAGUAGGACUUCCAGCAGAGAUGGACCAUAUUCCCCAUUCAGGAGGGUUUGGGACUUAGGCUUGUGACCCUGAUCCUGCAAUUCUGUGACUGGUCAUAGGGAUUUACUCACACAGUUCUCAGGACUAGACUGGUAACUACAGUCUUGCCUUAAGGUUUUGUUACUUUAAUUAUGAAUAAAGAUUAACCCGAGGAAGGGAGGCUUGAGUUUAGCAGUAUCAGCUGUAUGGAUAAUGUAUUUGCUGCCCCUAGAGUUUGGUGUCCUCUAUAAAUAUGAUCACUGUUGAAUUUAUGCUAAAAGAAAUAUCCAACAAAGAAAGAGAUGAAGCAGCCAUAUAGGAUAAAAAGACGUACUCUAUAUUUUGUAGUUUAAUUGGUCCAAUAGUAAUCCAAAUCCUAUUACAGUAUUUGACUGCACUAUAAAUUGUAAGAAGCUUGAAAACUAACAGACACUGCACAAAUCUGUUAUGAUACCUACUACUCACCAAGCCUCAUGGAAGUGCUCCACUGACCACCAGUUUACUACUUGAGAACCACUGAGAUAACAGCAAGUGAAAGAAUUUUCAUAUUUGUUUUUUCCUCAUUGGAUAACCAAUAAGGCAAUACGUAACCCAAAAAAUAUAAAUACACCAGCAAGGAUAGAAUACAACUUACUGUAUUGUAUAUUUUUGCUAUUUCUCCCAAGGAUGAGAAGGCCCCUUAAAACAAUCAUUAUGCUUGUCUACAUGGGAGGUUAUUCCUGAUUAACUCCAUUUGUGGAUGGAGAAUAAUAAUAGUGCCUUAUUGCAAAUAAACUUAAUCCACUUCCAAAACGGAGUCACAGUGGGUUACGUUAAUUUAGGAUAAAACAUUCUUUUUCUGGAAUACUAGCAUCUACACAUGGAGAUAAUCAGGAAUAGUUUAUCUGUUUUAAACUCACACACUACUUUAUUCUGGAUUAAUAUUCAUGAUUAGCCCUUUGUUAUCUGUAUUACAAACCAUGUGUCAGUUCACUAUAAUAUUCUGUUUUGUUUCAUGAAAGCAGCAAUAGCCUCAAACAAUGUUAUAAAACUAUCUGAAAAUCGGAAAGUAUAUUUUUAAAAAAUUCACACAGGUUGUGAAAAAUAAUAUAAACACUAUGUAAGCUGUAGCUCACGAAAGCUUAUGCUCAAAUAAAUGUGUUAGUCUCUAAGGUGCCACAAGUACUCCUUUUCUUUUUACUAUAUACAUUAUAAGAAAAGGAGACACACUUGGUCUCCAUUGUGAGUACUGAAUGCUCAUAGAGUUUAAUGCCAGAAGGGACCACCAAAUCAUCCAGUCUGAUCUCCUGAAUAUCACAGGUCACCAACACCACCCAGACCAGUACACUAAACCCAAGAACUGAAAAUAGAACAAAGUAUUACAGCCCACAGGAUACUAAUCUAUUACACGCCACAGGCAGAGAAUAGGAGGGAUCAAAGUGCACCAAUGCCCAAGGCCCCUGCAAUGGCAGGGAAUUGAUUCUUUUAUAUCCAUCUCUUUUUUCUGGCCUGAUGAUCUACAAACUUUGCUGCUUUCUUGCUUCCUCUGCUGUGUAAAGACAUAAGUAUUCCUGAAACUAUGGCAGAUGGAGCUAGAUAUAAUACCAUCAUAACUUUCCCAAUUGUUUUUUAAUAAUUAAAAGGGAAGGUCUUUUGGCAGUAAGUAUUUGUAAAUAAUACUUACCAUCCCUUUUAAAAAAUGCAUUUAUAUCCAAUACAAUGCUCAUUGAAACCAAUGGUAAAACUUCCACUAAUCCAAUGCAUGCUGAUCAGAAUGUAUAAGAGCUAAGUACUGUUAUUUUUAUUUUAUUAACAAAAAGAGUAUUAUAUAAUUAAGUAUCACAGUAUCUUUAUAAUGUAGAUUAUUUUUCCUUUAAAAAGUACUUAGUAAUAAUAUCCUAGAUGGAUUGGGCUAUACACAAAAUUAAAGACGAACAUGUCUUUUUUUAUUCUUUGACCACUCGUUCCUAAAGUCUUCUGGCCCUAAAAAGUCUGUAUCAACUCUGAUUUAAAAGUACUUCCAACAUCUGUAUAGUCAAACACAAGUCUCUAUUGAUUCAGUUAUAACAACGAAGGAAGAAGCUAUAAAUAAAAUAACAGUGCUAGUUGAGGUAUCCUCUAAGAACUAAAGAUUGGGUAUCAGUUUCCAGUAAUAUUAUAUUUGGGCAGUAGGGACAAGAUGAACCUCUGAAUUCUCCUAUUAUAUAUAUAUAGGUCAUUGCCCUGCCCAAAUUUCCACUAAUGUAAAAUUUGCUUACCCAAAGGGAAAAAAAAUUUUCAAGAUAAUUAUUUCCAAAAUGGUCAAUUGAGAAUGUAAAACCAUACUCCAGAAUUAGAAAAGAGAGAUUUAAAAGUUCUCAGUAGAUCUGUAGCCCCUUCAGUACACGACCCCAAAAUGAAGUGCUGGGAAGAGAGGCCAAGAAAAAUAGAGCCGAUAAUGUAAUGCUGCAGUAACAACUCAUCCAUAGGCCAAUAACCAAUUCAUUCUGGUGGCACAGCUGGGAGCAAAUUAAAAAAAAACAUCAAAAUCCAGGCCACAAUUCAGAGCUACAAAUGCUUCACUACUGGGUCCUAAGCGGAGAGAAAAAAACUUCAUCUGAAAACCAUCAGGCUGAGGAGACACAAGGAAAAAGAGACAGUGCCAAGGGAGGACAUGAGCUAAAGUUAAAUAAACAGACUCGGCAGCAGUAGGAGUCUCAAAACUAUUUUCAGUAACCCCUUGUUUAGAUAUUAAUUGUCUCAACAGUGGUUCGCCAGCUCCUCCUCCCAGCACUCAGGACACCAUCCCAUCAGCUCCUGUUUCCAGUG